AUGUGGUGUUUGCAUAAUUUUCCCGAGUCUUUGCUCCAUGUCCUCCGCGAUUGUGAAGUGGCAAGAAGGACAUGGAUGGGCAUUGACAACAGUUUGGUGAUCGGUAACUUCUUCAACACUCCUCUUUUGAUCUGGUUGUUGGAUAAUUUAUCUCCCAAUACUCCUUCUAAAGGCCGUGCGUGGCCUCUUCUUUUUGCUACCACGAUGAAUAUGGUAUGGUACCGGCGCAAUAAGGUUAUUUUUUAUGCCGCUGAGGUUCUUGAAGAAGGAAAGUUAGCUAGUCUUGCUAUUCAUCUUGCCAGUGAUGUUCAACAUGCAUAUAUUACUGUCGACAAUGUGAAGAAGAAAGUGGAUACUUUCAUUGAUAAUCUUCAUAUUGAGGUGGAUUCUUUGGCUGCAGUGAAACUGUGUUCUCAUAAAGGAAUUGAAUGUCAUUCUUUAAAGGCUAUUGUCUUGGCUAUCAAGGAUAGGUGUGACAAAUUAUGUAAUUGGAAUUUGAAUCACCAGUACCGUGAGGCGAAUUCGUGUGCAGAUGGAUUUGCUAACUUUGGGCAUAGCUUGAUGAUUGAUUGUCAUGUUUUCUUUACCUUACCUUCAUGUAUUUCGCUUUGCUUUCAUUCUGAUGCAAUUGGCACUAAGGAUGGCAAUAGGUCUCCAUAG